AUGACAGAUGUAGCUGCGACUCAGGAUAUUGAAGUCGAUGACCACGAAUCGGCCAUCGACAAAGAUACCCAACUUCGGUACCGCAUCUUCAAGAAGAACUCACCGUACCUCUACGACUAUCUUUCCACUAACUCGCUCCUAUGGCCGUCAUUAACAGUGCAAUUUUUCCCUGAUUUGGAACAAGAGACCAAUGGGAAGUCGCCGCAGCUUGCGUUUCAAAGACUUCUAGUAGGUACUUUUACCUUGGGCCAGGCCGUUGACAACAUGUCGAUCCACCAGAUGCCUUACUACCGCAACCUCAACAAGUGUAUAAACAUGGAUCAAUGGAACUAUAACGCUGAAAAGGAGGAGUUUGAACUUUCCACCGUGCUGAAGACAAAACUCCGGGUAGUCCAGACUAUCAACCAUGCUGGCGACGUCAAUAAGCUUCGCUACAUGCCUCAGAAUCCAGACAUUAUUGCAAGCUCCAACAAUGUGGGGGCUUUGCUGGUGUACAAUCGUACAAAGCAUCUGAACAUCAAGAAGUUAAUGGAGGAAAAUGACAUCAACGAUCCACAGCUACGAUUGGAGGACCAGAAUCUGGACGUGACACAAGUGGCUGACAUUUUUGCCUUCGAUUGGAACAAACAGAAGGAAGGCGUCAUUGUCAGUGGAUCCAUGAGCGGCUCCAUCAAUGUCUACGACAUCCAAUCCGCUUUCCUGACCAAUACAGGAAAUAUUGUUAACCACUACUGGUCAUACAAAAGCACAUGUGGAGUCAAUGAUUUAGAAUGGGUUCCUGGUCAUGAUUCUGUGUUUGUCUCUGCUGAGGACGAUGGUUCUGUAUGUGUUUACGACAUUCGUGCUUCAGUACAGAAGGUGCUGGCCUAUAAGUCUCUGUUCCCUGUAAACAGUGUUUCAGUUAAUCCUGGUAAUGCAUUCUGUGUGGCUACGGGCCAUAGCAACGGUGGGCUCGGGAUUCUCGAUAUUCGAAAUCUAGAUGGAAGUGUAUUUGAUUGUGUUCCCCAUCUUGACUCGGUAACACAGGUGAAAUGGCAUCCCAAAUUCAAUGGCGUGGUAGGUACAUCCUCCGCCGACCGACUGGUCAAGUUGCACGAUAUGAGCAGCGACAAUAAGCUAUUAUUCGAUCAUCAGGGCCACAUGUUGGGUGUCAAUGAUUUUGAUUGGUCUCUUCAUGAGGAUUGGAUGAUUGCCAGUGUUGCAGACGACAAUUCUUUGCAUGUGUGGAAGCCUUCAUUGCAUUUGCUAACACAGUUCAAAUAA